UUAACGCUGCCUUCAGCUUCGGAGGACUUCCUCCACAGACAAGCUCACGGAGCUCAUCAGCAGGAGCAGUUUGAGUAAAGCCGCUCUCCGGUAGACAGACAGCACCGCCCCGUCCUCCCAUACGCGUUUGUUUUUUAACCAAGGGCUCAAUCCAUCGCAGCCGUGCUCGAUUGACGCUGCCUGCUGAUCUGCUACUGCGGCUGGCUCCCAAUAACGAGGCCAGUUUGUUAAUACCCGUCUAUCGGGGCUUUUCUCCGGUACACCGAGCCAACGAGGAGAACGGGAAAAAAACCCCGACGAGGGAGUCCGUAAGAGCGCCCAGCCCAAGGAUGGCUUCGGGGGAGCUUUACGAGGUGGAACGGAUCGUAGACAAGCGGAAGAACAAAAAGGGCAAGUGGGAAUACCUGAUCCGAUGGAAGGGCUAUGGGAGUAAAGAGGACACCUGGGAGCCAGAGCAUCACCUGCUGCACUGUGAGGAGUUCAUAGACCAGUUCAACAACCUUCGCCUGCAAGAACGCCGCUCGAAACCAGCCAAGCCCAGUGGUGCAACGGCACGCAACCUCAGCCACCAUGGCAUCCAUUACACCUCCAAGUCACGUGGGGAGACCCGCAAAAAGAAAAGAACUAGUGGGACGGGAACAGGAGGUGGAGGGGGCCCAGGUUUGGCCGCUCCUCAGAAACCAAGGAAAGUGACUGGAGGGAAACCGUCUGCAGACAGAAUGACCAAACCUAUGACUUAUAAGAGCGUUUCUUCAGGGCUACAGUUUGUCCCACCCAUCAGGGGCCCUACCAAUGGGCUACAAAAUGGAGAGAUGGACCCACUCCAUUACAGGACUACUUCCAGAGCCCAGGGUGUACCUAGCAGCAGAGUGGAGCGGAUGAUGGGGGAUAUAGAUCUCGGUGGAGCUGCUCCACCGCUAAUGAAUGAAUUAGGACCACCAAUCCCUAAUGGAGACACACAUUUACACAGUUCAACCAAACGGAAGCUGGCUGAGGAUAAAGGCUACGUUUUUGACAAGAGACUGAGGUACAAUGUCAGGCAGAACGAGACCAACUACAGAUUUCGGGACAUCGUUGUCAGGAAGGAAGAGGGCUUUACACAUGUCCUGCUAUCAAGCCAAACAUCAGACAACAAUGCACUAACCCCAGAGAUCAUGAAGGAGAUGUGCCGUGCCCUGGGGAACGCAGCGGUGGAUGACAGCAAGCUGCUGCUGCUCAGUGCAGUGGGCAGUAUUUUCUGCAGUGGCCUGGACCCCUCCUACUUGAUUGGACGUCUCUCCACAGACCGCAGGAAAGAGAGCAGCAGGAUUGCAGAUGCUGUGAGAGACUUUGUAAAGGCCUUCAUCCAUUUUAAGAAGCCCAUUGUGGUGGCCAUUAAUGGACCUGCUCUGGGCCUGGGAGCCUCCAUCCUGCCUCUGUGUGACAUUGUGUGGGCCAGUGAGAGAGCCUGGUUCCAGACCCCUUGUGCUGCUCUGCGCCUUACACCCUCUGGCUGCUCCUCAUACACUUUUCCUCAGAUACUGGGAGUAGCUCUGGCCAAUGAGAUGCUGUUCUGUGGAAGGAAAUUGACCGCACAGGAGGCAUGUAGUCGUGGGUUGGUCUCUCAAGUGUUCUGGCCAACCACCUUCAACCAGGAAGUGAUGUUACGAGUGAAGGAGAUGGCUGCCUGCAGUGCUGUGGUUCUGGAAGAGUCAAAAUGCAUGGUGCGCAGCAUCCUGAAGUCUGUCCUGGAGGAGGUGAAUGAGAAGGAAUGCCAAGUGCUCAAACAACUGUGGUGCUCCACCAAAGGACUAGAAGCACUUUUCAACUAUCUUCAGAAUAAGGGUUAUGAUGCCUAAUUUUUAGCCCUCCGGUCUCCUGCGGUCUUCAUCAGCCCUCCAGUCUGAGAGAAAUGUGUCCAUAAGACCCAAGAUCCUCAGCUGCCUUGGCAUGAAGCUUCACCCCCUUCAACUGAAUCGAUCAGCAUGUUUGGGCACAUCCACCUAGAGCAGAUAAUGAUGUCAUAUCCUUCGAAUGAAAUUAAAACUAAGCCAAGAAUACAUUUUUUUGUUUGUUUGUUUUUGUUUUGUUUUGUUUUCUUUUCUUUCCUAUUACUACUGAUCCCUGCUGUCAGAGGGAUUCAGUUUUGUGGUGAUGCUCACCAGCAUUCUAUACACUGAAGAUUCUAUCAAAUAAUGAAAUGCCUUUAAUGUUUUCAUUUUUUAUUUAUUUGAAAUCAAGCCAUUUUGAAAGGUGAAAAAACAAAUAAUUGAAUAAUUAUAUGUAACAUGUACAGUGUAGAUAGUUUGUUUCAUUGUGAUGUGUUUUGCUUUUUUUUGUUUGUUUGCUCUCAUCUCUGAAGGGGUGAUUUUCAUACCAAAGGUAACGUUAUUGAUACUGAUCUUUUUACCUUAAACACAUUCCUGUCAUACCACUGUCCAUGUGAUAUAUGGCAUGGCAUCAGUUGAGUGCAAUUGUGAUGGAUUGCAACAAAGUUUAUAUGGACUGUAGCGGCUCAGACGUCAGUCGUGCAUUUUUUAAAAGUUGCCAUGAAUUGAUGUUAAUAGAUGCUACAGAUUACUGCAUGUUCAAGUACCCUCACUGUCUUCAACACUGAAUGUGACGCCUAAUCCUUUUGUCACUGAUUUAUUUUUGUUUUUGAAGUAAAAUGGUAACGCUUGAACUCUG